UCCAAUAUGGCAACCAGGUGGGGGAUCUGCAGCGCCGGGAAUAUCAGUAAUGACUUUACUGUGGCCCUGAAAACUCUUCCUCCAGAAGACCACCAGGUUGUGGCCGUGGCAGCUCGCCAGCUAAAGAAUGCGCAGGAGUUUGCCAGAAAGCACAGCAUCCCCCAAGCAUAUGGAGGCUAUGAGGCACUGGCCAGAGAUCCAAACAUUGAUGUGGUGUACAUUGGCGUUAUCCACCCCUACCAUAUGAGCACUUGUUUGCUCUUCAUGAAUGCCAAGAAAAAUGUGCUGUGUGAGAAGCCGCUGGCCAUGAACACUAAGGAGGUGAAAGAGAUCCUGGCCUGUGCCAAGAGGAAUAACGUUUUUUUCAUGGAGGCUGUUUGGACCAGAUUCUUCCCUGCCUCAGUAGAGAUCAGACGGCUGCUGGCCCAGGGGGAGAUAGGCGACGUGAAGAUAGUAAGAUCAGAGUUUGGUGUGCCAUUGUUGCACGUACCGAGAGCAGUGGAGAAGGAGCUGGGUGGAGGAGCACUACUGGAUAUUGGCGUUUACUGCCUGCAGUUCAUAAGCAUGGUGUAUAACGGAGAGAAGCCGGAGUGCAUCCAGGCCACGGGGGUCUGCCUGGAGACAGGAGUGGAUGAGACUGUGGUUGUCACUCUGAAGUACUCCAAGAACAGGAUGGCGGUGUUUACUUGCUGUUUGAGUGCGGAGUUGCCCAAUGAUGCCGUUAUAUUGGGCACAAAGGGAACCAUCAAGAUUCCUGCUCAUAUGUGGUGUCCCACAACAUUAGUGGUGAAUGGGAAGGAGACUCCAUACACAUUACCAGUACCCUCCCUGCCUCUUAACUUCCUCAACAGUACAGGGAUGAGAUACGAAGCAGAGGAGGUUCGACAGUGUUUGCUGAAAGGUUUGAAGGAGAGUGCAGUUAUGCCCCAUGCUAACUCUCUUCUGCUGGCUGAGGUGGAGGAUGAGAUUCGCAGGCAGGUCGGGGUCAUGUACAGCCAGGACUGCCAGUAAAUAUUAAGCAUGCACUUUUUUUCUCUUGUUGAAUAGAACAAGGAUAUAAUGGAGAAUACAUUUUUAGCUGGAUUUGCAUUAAUACGCCAACAUUGAGGACCAUGCUUACAUUUUGUGAGAAUAAAGAUAGCCAAUUUUCAA